AUAUAAUAUAUAAAGAACUGUGUUUGAGAACACAUACAAAAGUCCACACGAUUUAGUUCAAAGCGUGCAGAAUAAAAAUAUAUCUAAAAGAUUUCAUUCAUAUAUUAAAUACGCACAAAAGGUAGAGAGAAUAUUUAUUGAGGAGAUUUGCAAACCGGUUCUUAUUUCAAGGGGAGGGUACGUCAUAAUUAAGUUUUAAAAUUAUUUUUGGGAUUGAAAAUUCAUAUCCACAGAGAGGGUUGUCAAAAAAUAUACGAGUAGCCUACAACAAGGGGAAGAAGCUUUGAAAAUUAACGUUAAAAAUGUUAUUAGGCCAUACAUGGAUGGCUCCUUAAUCCUUAUUUUAAAUCAUCUUUCCUUGUUUUCACCUGACUUCUUGCAAUUCCUCUCACGAGUUAUUCAAAAGAUGGGAAGAAUUGAUCCGAGCCAUUUGAUACAGGAACCUGACCGUUAUACAGAUGUUUGGGUAAAUAAAACAAUAAAUCAGCAUUUUGUCUUUGCUUACGCAUAAUCAAGGACUAAGUAUCAGAUUUAGCUUUUUAUAAGAAUUGGUUUAGUAUUGUUUGUAGUACAACAUAUAUUUAAUUACUUUCUCCUUUUCAACAUUCAAUGAAUAUGGCCAGAUCACAAGAGAAUUUAAUAUGCUGAGCACAUCUGCACAUCACAAGCUCACAGUUCAUGGUGAUUGAAGAUUCCAAAAAGAUUAAAUUAACACGAAUUAGGAAAAAUAACAUAAAUGAUAGUUGUAAUUACAAGUAACAAAAAAAAAAGAAUUAAAAAAUAUUGCAACGGAACUGUUAAAUAAGGUCAUGCUCGUACAAAUGCCCAAGGUGGACCUUUAUACUUACAAAAGCUGUAUUUUAAUUCUCUGAGCCCUACCUGGAGCGUUAAAGAAAACCGGCAACACUUAAGAGAGAUAUAUUAUAUUGCAGAUAACGGUACUUAAGAAAAAUAUGUCAAAUAAGUUUGGAGCCACAAGAAUAUUGGUACUUUUGUUUGGACUUGCACAAUUAUAGGAAUAAGAAGUAUACAAAGGGUAGAGAAACACUUGAAAGGGACAAUGCAAAAAGGCCUAACUUUUUUGUAAGAAAUCUUCGACAGCAAACAUAUUUAGACAAAAAACAUAGCUUAUAUUAGAGAUAUUAUUUUUACAGGAAAUGGGAGCAUAUUCAAUUACUGAAGUGCUCCUUUAAAUUAAAGAAUGGUGGUAUGAGAUUAUAAGGAAAUGUAAAAUGUUAAAUAUAAAAUAAUUAAAUGGAGCUAAGAGGAACAUAAAAGAUUGCUAACUCUCUCUCUCUCUCUCUCCACCUGCUUAUUGUAUCUGUGAAGCUCAUAUCCCUUCUUACUUAUGCCGAUAUAUUUUCUGUGUUUGCACAUUUGUGGAACAACCUAAUGAAUAGUAUUAUAUGCAGUUAAUAUUCAUAAAUAUUUGAGUUCUUUUCCAAAACGUCUUUUACUGACCGCCAUCUUUUUGAAGCACUUAAUAGGGAAAAAAAAAAUUAUGAUUAUUAUCUCUCUUCCUGUUUCUCUAGAACUCCAAAUAUAUUAUGUAUGUAAAGGAAUAGCCGAACUGUUUUCUGUGUUCUCUCCAUGACAUCUCACUCAUAUUCACCACCCUUGCUAAACUUAUCUGCGAAGUUCUCGCUGUUUCAAAGAAAUCUACAUUUUUUUACAGGAAGAAUUCUAAAUGCGUUUUAGUCAACUAAUAGUUGGUUUUUGUCAUAAUAUAUUUAAAGCUUCCGCCUGUUUUAUACUCAAAUUAGUGCAUGACAUUGAAUAAAACGUGGUGUUUUUUUUGACAUUUGUUAACAUCCUUAUACCCAACUAGAAAAUAUCUAUUAUAGGCAUGAAUUUGCUCAAUAUCCUCGAGACAUGAUUUAUCGCAAUGACCAUGAUGAUGAGCCAGCCUUUAUUUGUGCAUUGACAUAGUUUUUUUAGCAUGUUACUAUUAGAUUACUCUUCUCUCACUUUAGACAAUUCAUUUGGAGAAGAAUUCAAGAAUAACUUUGAGGAACCUUGACCCCUUCAGUCAAAGAUAUCAUUCCAGCGUUUGAAUAUCAGUCUAGUGCGUUAUUUUUUUAAAGUCAAUAAAGACAUACCCUAGUCAUUGUUUGAUUUAUUCGAAGAUAUUUUGAUUGGUCAUUCCAUUUGCGGAAAUAUGGAUUGAAUAUGUAUGUGGAUUCAAUGUUACGGUACAAUUGUAAGAGUUCCAAAAGCUAUGAAUUAUAUUGAGGAUGUCAAAAGAAUUUUUUAUUAAAUAUCAGAAUAGUUAAGAAUCGGCCAACACUCAAAUAACGGAUUGGUGUUAUAAGUCUUCUUUAAUAAAUGAAAUAGCAGCGUCAGUUAAAUAUGUUAAUUUUUGCAAUGUUAGCAACAAAUGAAUCUAUUUUUUUUUUUAAAUAUGACUUCAUUUAAAAAAGAAGAAGAUUAAGAAUUUUAAUAAUAUUUUAAUUGCUAGCUUAUUUAAAAAUAGCUCUAACUACAUGCAUGCAUAGUUUUAACAUUUUUUAAAUUAUUUAUAUUUGAAUUUGAAAUCGCUGUUUUUAAAACUGUAUUUAGCAGGUAUUCCUGAAAGCUAAUUAAAUGUUAUUAUUUUUUUUAUUUUUUUACAGGUACACAUUUCAAAAUGUAAUGAUCUCAAUUUAGUCGCUAUUUGUUAAGUUACAUCAAAGACAAAAGUGAUCGUAGACAUUUUUAUUGAUAUAAAAUUAUCCUUCAAUUACCAAUCGAUAACCUCAUCAGAACAGUUUUUGUUUGAUGACAGAAAUGAUGGACAAAACGUUUGUAAUAGGUUUCCUGACAGGAGUUUUGUUUAUAAAAGUUUUAGUUUCUAAGGUACCCUUUUUAGGCUCUUUAUUAAACUCUGGGCACGCUCUUGAAAUGAGGAAUAUGGAUGAUGACCAAUCGCAAAAACAUCCUUUGAGAUUUCUUGUUGUCGGGCGUUCUAAGAGUGGCAAACGCUUGACCGUCAAGUCAUUUGUUCAAAGAGACUGUGCUGUGACAGACUCGGGAAAUCCUGGAUUAACAAAUGCACGUCAUUCAAACUCUUAUGGUUGGAAUGUAUACGCUCUGGUUAACAGAUGUUUCCAAGCAUCUGUUUGUGAAAUGCUUAUGACUUCAGAGUCAGCUAAAGAGUUCUUUACACAUAUAUUAAAUCAUAAGAUUCACGUUGUGAUUUAUUGCUUUCCUUUCAAUGAACGUUUGACAGAUGAAGAUGCAAAAUUUCUUGACAACCUUAAGUUAUUGCUAGGCUCAUCUAGAUUCAAAAAUAAUAUAAUCCUAGCCAUGACGUUUGGCGAAGACUUCGAGGAAUACAAGGACAAGAGGGGCUAUACUAAUUUUAACAACUGGCUGGAAGAAAUGGAUCCUGGACAUUUAAAGAGAAUCUUAAAGGAUUGUAGCUACAGAUGUGUAAUGUUUAAGAAUAAAACUGAAAUCCAUGCAAUAAAAAAACAGCAGGCUAUUGACCUUUUUAGCAUGGCGGAAAGUGUUGUAUGGAAUAAUGGCCUGGUCCCAUCAGACGGUAUUAAUAUUCACGAUGAUGAAAGUGAAAAGCAGAUUGUAGGGUUUAAACUUUUAGAAAACCAAAAUAGCAAAGACGAAAAGAAUAGACCAUUAACUUUGCAACCAGGACAAAUGAAAAGAUCCCAAGUCAUUCCUGACCUUAGAACACUAGUCGAAAAUAAAAUGCAAUUUUCGUCAAGCUCUUCUAAUACAGCAGGUAACUUAAAUAAUUUUCUCUACUAUUAAUUUCAAAAUUCAUCAUGCAAAAUUACAUAUGAUUCGUCACUAUGAUUUAUUUUUGAUAUUUUUCAAUAAUUAUAAACUGCAACUAUCAAAUAUAAAAAUUAAAAGCAUAGAUAAUAAACAAAAAUAUGUUUAGCUUUUCAUUUUAACUACUGAAUGACAUUAAUUCUCUGGAAGAUUUGUAUCUUUUUAUGCAAGUAUCCACACAACUUGUUAUAAUCACAGUCAGACUUAAUUUUGCAUGAUGAAAUUCAUUGAUUAACAAACCUAAUCAAAUAAUAAAAGCAAUUUAUAAGUAGACAAAUUUAUCAACGCCUUUGAUAUACCAAAACGUUUCUUACUUUCAUUGUUUAAUUGCAAGCUAAUCUACGGGAACGAUGGUACUGACUCCGGAGCCAGUCAAGUGCCCCCUCCCCCAUAGCUAAAUGUGUGCAACAAUGUAAUAAAAAUAAUUUUGGUAGAGAAAUGACUAAAUUGUCAUUUUAAACAGUUUUUUUUGUAAAUGAACUAACUUGUGCCUUUAACCAAUUACAAUUUGUUGAAUCUAUAAAAUAUCGCUAGGCUGGAUAUAUUUGAUGAUCCUUACAUUUAUGGCUCAUCUUGUUAGAGUAUUUGCUUCUAAAUAUCGUACUGACGGCUCGAGUCUUACUUACCGUUGUCUCUAUAUUUUAGUGUUUUGAUUAUUAUUUUUUUUUUUAAUAACAUAGUUUUUAAAUGCUAUUUUUUUUGUUAAAUUCCAAACUUAUUUUGCAUUUAACAAUUACCAGAAAAAUAAACAAACAGCCCCACCUAUUUUUCUAAAUGAGAAUCGACCAGAAAUGUAUAAAAAAAAAAUUUGAAAGCUAUUUGUGAACCAGAAAUGUGAUUAUCAUGCAAUUCACAUUUUUGGGGAAUUACUUUAAAAAAAAAUAUUAUUGUGAAGUUAAAAUAAAUUCUGUUGAUUUGGUAAAAAAUGUUUUAAAAAUAAAUCGAAGAGGCAAUUUUUGUAUUUAUUUGAGGAAAGUUGAAGUAUUUUGAAAUGACAAAUAAAAAUUAUAGUCAACUGAUCAUUUGGAAAUAUUUAUUUCAUUUUAUACCAUUUUCCUCAGACAAAAUCGUACAUUGAUAAAUUUAUAACGUUUUUUGUAAACAAUCCUUAACAUAAUUAUGCCGUUCAUAUACUAAUUAUAAAAAUUAAAAGUUUUCGAAACCCAUAAAAAUGUAUAGAUCCUUCUACUUAACAGUUUUUCUUUUUUUUUGAAUCUGGUAAAACUUGGAAAUAUUAAAAUGUACAAAUGGUAAUUAUGAUAAGUAUUUUUUUUUCAUUGGCAUUCAAUAUGGAAAUUGAUCUUGCUGUGCUUUUAUAGUUAUGUAAUCCUUCAUUUAUUAAUUAAGUUCCCACCCCCUAAAAAUGUAAAAUUGAUGAAAGCCACAUUAUUAUUUAGUAAUAUAAAAGUAUUUGCAUAACACAAGCAGGUCAACCUGAGUCGUCGCUCGAAAUUUACAGGCCCCUGAAACUUUUCAGUUUUACCCCCAUCCUUGCAUUGAAAGAUAAUAACUUAGAAAAUAUCCACUUCACAUCUUUAAGCCUCUAAAAUAUCAGAUGCCCUUUCAGUCGUAGCGAUUGCUGGGCGCAUGUGAUGAUUCUGAGGUUAAGUGACACCUACAUUUUUUAAUUAGUAAUUCGCCCACUUCUCUUCAAAUAACUGUAGAAUGUUGCAAAACAAAAUUCAGAAAUGAGCUAAAAUACUUUCUUGUAUUUUUAAUAUUCCCGACUGUCUUCACCAUCCUCCAUUUCUGCAACCCCUUCCGUCAAGCUGAUCAGUGUUUUAGUAUGGGGUUUGAACUAAGCUAGUACCAAAUUAGGAAACCACCCCCCCAUCCCGAGUGAAUUCAGUUUAUGUAUGGCACUGCGCGCCAUAAUGCAUCCCCCAAACUCCAAAAAAUUUAAUUUCCCCUACAAAAACGUCUAAAAGAAUAUUUGAUCUCUAGUAUACUCCAAAAUAUACCUCUUGAUUUUCUAAGAAUUUAACAAAAUGUCCUUGGAGGUGCUUAAGAUUCACUUUCCACCCUAAUUCCCGAUGAAAACUAUCGCUAAUUUUGGUGCCGAUAGAUACACUGCUUAGUGGCGUAGCUGGUACAAAUGCCGGGGGGGGGGCGGGCAGUCUAAUGUAUUUUCCGCUCUUCCUUUUACGAUACAAAUUCUAAAAUUGCCCGAAAAUGCCACACCCGCAUAUAACCCAUCCACCCCCUUUCCAAGCCAUUAACAGCGGUGUAGAUCGAGUGUUUGGCGUAAGGGCGCAAGAUUCAUUUUUACGCCUCCCCGCAAUUUUAAAACAAAUUAUUUUCAACCAUUAAUUAUCACCAAAGCCCAUUUUGCGCUGAGACACUGCUAGCAUCAUAUUGCGCUUACGGUUGGUGACACAAUUGAAGCGGAGUUCUGAGUUUAGUUACAAUACUUGAAUUCAUUUUUAAGAACUUAACAACACUGAUUUAUUUCUUGUCCUUCAGUAUACCGGCUCUUCAGCCACGGGGACCAGAAGUACAAGAUGAUUCAAUCUUACUAUUGUACACUGAAAGAAAAUAUCAGAGCAGAGGAAUUCACCGACGAAAUGCACCAAGAAGGAAUAUUAUCACUUGAAGAGAAACAAGACAUAGAUCAAAUGCACGGUAUUAACAAAAGAAAGGAAGCCCUUUUCGAUGCAAUUGACAAAUAUCGAAAUAAUGGCUCUGUUGAUGUUUUCUUGAAAAUAUUAGAAAAAAAAUAUCCAACACUUCAUGAAUCUUGGAAAUGUAUCCAUGGAGAUGGUUAUGAUUCCAUUACUGCCCGUAAGUAUCAGAUAUAAAACAUCUUUUACAAAAAUAUAUUGUGUAUUUUAAUUAUUUAAAGCAAUUGGCAUUAAUUUGUUUUAAUGAGUCAAAGACUCACUCCAACAUGAUUUUAAUAUUAGUGUGUUUUUUGGUGUUUUUUUUUUUACCAGUAACUGAUUUUAAUGAUAUCGUCUUUCAUCAAUUUAGCACUCAUUUUGUAGCUAUAUAACCUUUUUAAUGUAUUGAAUCUUUUAAUAUUUACUUAUCUUAUGAUUAUUUACAGCUGUCACCGUAGAAAAACAGUUACAGCCUUUUGCCAUGGGUGGAAUAGAACUAAUACAAGAAACUAAUUAAGUUGUUCAAUUUUAAACUGUUAUCUGUUAAAGUUCAGCACUUUCGCAUUACUCAGUAUAGUAAGGCUUACCUGUACACAGCCAGGGAAAGGAUGGCGAUGCUCUUCCAAACCUCUAAAAUAAAAAAUAAAAGAAGAGUAAAAGAAAAGGUCGAAAAUAAAACUUUAUAACUGUUCAAAUAAGGAUUUUGCCUGUUCGCAAAAUACAAACGUUUUAAAAAAAAAUUAACAACUUUGCAGAAAAUAAUGUUUUUAAUUUAAAAAAAAAUACUUAAAAUAUACUUACUUCAGGGUUAUCAUGAAGCAAUCAGCCUAAGUAAUGUUCCCCAAAUGUAGGUCACUAAAUAUACAUCAAUUACGACUGAAGCCAGUUUGUAUCUAACAUCUAUCUCCUUUCCCCUUAUAUUAUAAUUAUGCAGCAGGCCUGCACAACAAAAGACCCACCGGUCGCAGCAUGAGACUCGCAAGCAUUCACUCUGCGGCACCCAUAAGCAUUUUCUGAGAAUACGGUACAAAAAGUUACCAAAUAAUAUUCCCUAAUUUUUUUUGAUUAUAUUAUCAUGACAGUUUUAUGUAAAUAUAAAAGUAUAAAUAUCAUCUUUUAUAUUGACCUAAAUUUGAAAGCUGAACAUUAUUUUUUAUGUUAGAAAAAAAAAAGCACUCGUAUUUGAGUUACGCUCAUUUUGAAGAUAUCUUAAGAAGAGCUAUCGGGUUCUUCAAAUUUGUUUCCUGAAUAAAGUUGAGACCGAAAAUCAAAAACGAUGUGAAAUGUUUUAUUUAUUCUAUUUAAGGAUAAACAAAAUUUAAUAGUAUUUAUAUUUAUUAUUUCAUCGCGAAGUCUCACACCAAAACUAAAUACUUGCGUUCCACUGCAUUUUUUCACGAUUUUAAUGUCUCUUAUCUAUACUGCCGAGAUCUAUAAUCAUUUUAAAAUAUCAAUUUUACGAACGAGAUCGGAAGGUUCAUUUACGAGAUUUCGUAUAAAACCGGCAAAAAACUAUAUUUUUUUAAUGAAAUGAUUGACUGUGGCAAAAAAAAAAGUUUAGCUUUAUUUUUGUACAUUGGCCAUUUUCAACCAUGCUGAAUAGGCAAGUAAACGUGCUUUCCAAAGUAACUUUAAGGACACAAACAUCACUUCUUGUUGCGCAGGUAAUUAUCUCUCGUCUCUUGCUACGGUAUGUGCCAGCAUAUGAGAAAUUAUCUUGACCUGCGAUCGACGCUUCUCUGACACGUUUCAAUGCCUUUUCGAGUUUUGAGAGCUUUUUCUUAUUUGAUUCCUGUUAAAAUGAACAUAUUGAAGUCGUUAGCAGUAAGAUCGUCAUUGGGCUCAACCUGAUUUGCAUUUGCCGUCUUCUUCCUCGGCGGUUUUUGAUUAAUGCAAGUCAUCUUGAUCUGGGAUCAUCUAAAUAAUCAUUAUUUUGUGGAUGCUUUUCAUUUAAGACUUUCAAGACUUCUGAAAAUUCUUCUUUAUCACUUUCAUUGUCAUUGUUAAAGAAUUUCUUUCACCAUUUUUUACAACGUAUUUUGGAUAUUCUUGCUUCUCAUCAAGAGCGCAUGGAUUGUUUUUGAUUUUUAAAAAUCUAGUUAAAUUUCAUUUUGAUUUUUUUUUCUCUUCAUGGAAUCUCGUUUUGACGAGAUCGAAAUUACGAGACUCAAAAAAUGGUUCGAGAUAUACGAGACGAGAUGAGCGAGACCUGGAAGAAUACCUUGAUCACAUUAUAUACAAAUAUUAUACGAAAUGCUAAACUCGACACUAAUUACAGUUUCGGAGAAUAUAUUCUCCAGUCGUAAAGAAAACUUGAUAACCAGUAAGAUAACGAUAUCUCCUUGUAAAUUCAAAAACAAAAUUGUUUCAAAUAUGUAUUGUGCAGUGCAUGCUUUUCUUUGACUUCUAUAUAACUGAGUCAGUGUGAGCCGAUUGAAGAGGUUUGCCACCUAUUCUUAAAUGUACUGAAAGCCCAUUAAACUUAGUUCUAAAAUGUAGAAUAUUGAAACAAAUCUGCUGGUACCUAAAUUUUCAAGCUGAAUUUGAAUCAGUGCUGAAUUUAUGACUUUAGAAGACCCUUUGGAGGGAAUAGCUAGUUAUUCGCUUUUCAUUAAUAUUGUGUGUAGUGAACCCUUCAAGUAAGCUUUGAGACUGUUGAGAACCCUGGCUAUCUCUUACAAAAUUGCAAAACUUCUAAGUUUUCGAUGAUAUAGUAUUCAAUUAUAAUGAAUAUCAUGAUCUCUGAACUGAGGCACAAUUAUGGCAUUAAGCAACAAAGUUCUCGUUGCGCCAACAUAUCAGUUAGUAAAUUUAACUUUCAAGAUAAAUAUCUUAAUGCUAUUCUCAGUAGGUCUCAUUACCUAAAGCCAGCAAAAACUUAUUAACUUGAUAACGUGAUAACCUGAACACAUUAAAAUGUGAUAUAAUGAUUCUAGACUAUCUUAUAUAAAUAUAUUUGUGGACUUUUGACAGAUAUCUGGCUCAUGAUGUCUUGACAACAGUGAAUAUAUUUGUUCAAGUCGAUUCUUUUCAAUUUGUACAGUUAGACCUUAAAUUAUAUCUUGUUUUCUAUAUCAAUAUCAUAUAAGGAAUGUUAUUGCAAAUAAAAUGACAUUUUUUUUUUAAUUCAUAAGUUUAGUCAAUAAUUAUCUCAAAGUGGCAAAAAAUUCAUUUUAAAAAUUAAUGAUAAAUGCUAUUUACACAUUUAGAUGUAUUUAUUGUUAAAAUUGUUUAAAACUCUAUAAAAGUGUCUCCCAUAAUCAAUUAUUAUAUAUCAUAUAAUCUAACUACCCUUAUGUGAAUCUAAUAAUCUUUGGGAUUAUUUUUUUUUAAAUUGCCUUCCAUAAAAGAUAAAUGUAUAUCAUCUGUUUAUUUUUUUUGUCUAACCAAUGUAUUUAAUGUAAGUUUGAAAAAAGUGCUUUAUCAAUAAUAAAUAAAGAAGA